ACAGCUGCACGCCGCCGCAUCGAUAGCCACGCACCCGGACGCCCCAUUUGCAGGACCCCGUCGCCCCCUCUAUCACGCCGACCAAAGACACGAAAAGCUGCGCAGCAUGGAUUCCGAGUCGGAGCACGAGCACCGCGACGUCAACGAUGUCGAGAGCGAGUCGGAGCAGGAGGAGGUGGAGGAGACAAAGCCAAAGUCGGCCUUGAAGAAGCCGAGAGAGGCGCCGGUGCAGGUUGAGCGCCCUGAGCUGCCCGAGCAGCCAGACCCAAACACAAUCGACUUCUCCACACUGAGCCCAUUGUCCCCCGAGAUCAUCUCCCGCCAGGCUACCAUCAACAUUGGCACAAUCGGUCACGUCGCGCACGGAAAGUCUACAGUCGUCAAGGCCAUCUCCGGUGUGCAGACCGUCCGUUUUAAGAACGAACUCGAGAGGAACAUCACCAUCAAGCUCGGUUACGCGAACGCAAAGAUCUACCAGUGCGACAACCCAGAGUGCCCGCGCCCGACAUGCUACCGAUCGUACAAGAGCGAGAAGGAGGUCGAUCCGCCUUGCGAGCGCGAGGGCUGCGAAGGAACAUAUCGCCUCAAGCGCCACGUUUCGUUCGUCGACUGUCCCGGCCACGACAUUCUCAUGAGCACUAUGCUGUCAGGUGCUGCCGUCAUGGACGCUGCCCUGCUGUUGAUCGCCGGAAACGAGACUUGCCCCCAGCCCCAGACAAGUGAGCAUUUGGCCGCUAUCGAGAUCAUGAAGCUCAACCACAUCAUCAUCCUCCAAAACAAGGUUGAUCUGAUGCGGGAAGACAGCGCGGCCUCCCACUACGAGUCGAUCCUGAAGUUUAUCCGUGGAACUGUUGCCGACGGCUCGCCCGUCAUCCCCAUCUCCGCCCAGCUGAAGUUCAACAUCGACGCCAUCUGCGAGCAGCUCAUCAGCAAGAUCCCCGUCCCUGUCCGCGACUUCACCACAAAGCCCCACAUGAUCGUCAUCCGAUCCUUCGACGUCAACAAGCCCGGUGCUGAGAUUGACGAGCUGAAGGGAGGUGUUGCUGGUGGCUCUAUCCUGACUGGUGUUUUGAAGUUGGGUGACGAGGUUGAGAUCAGGCCCGGUAUCGUUUCCAAGGACGCCCAGGGCAAGGUUCAGUGCAAGCCUAUCUUCUCGAGAGUCGUUUCCCUGUUCGCCGAGCACAACGACCUGAAGUUCGCUGUUCCUGGCGGUCUCAUUGGUGUUGGUACCCGCGUCGACCCUACCCUCUGCCGUGCCGAUCGUCUUGUCGGCUUCGUCCUCGGUCUCCGUGGACAUCUCCCCAACAUCUACACUGAGAUCGAGGUCAACUACUUCCUUCUCCGAAGAUUGCUCGGUGUCAAGACCGCCGAUGGCAAGCAGGCGAAGGUCGCCAAGCUGGCGAAGAACGAAGUCCUCAUGGUCAACAUUGGUUCGACUGCUACUGGUGCCAAGGUCGUCGCCGUGAAGGCUGACGCCGCCCGUCUUACCCUCACAUCGCCCGCCUGCACAGAGAUUGGUGAGAAGGUUGCUCUGUCCCGACGUAUCGAGAAGCACUGGCGUCUCAUUGGUUGGGCCAACAUUGUUGCCGGCAACGUCCUCGAGCCUGUUGUCGAUUAAACGUAAGCGUGUCGGUACGCGCCUCGGAGUGGAGGGGUAGCGGAGGCAGUGGAGACGACGAAACAACCUGCAAGCCAACGGUAUGACGGCAGCAUUCUGUGUAUUACGUUCUUGAGCAUUUCAGGCAGGAGUCGGUCGCAACAUGUGAGAAUAGACGGGAAAAGGGUCUCUGCAGCUGAGGUCUAGAUAGCGGCUCGGGAGCCACAGUACGACGAGGCUAGCAUUCGCCGGAGAGCCACGCCUCUUGUGUAUCAGCCGUGUAUCCGAGUGGGAGCAGCCAGAAAAGCCAGAUCUAAUGAGAACAUGUAUCAU